UAUACCGGCCCAGGCAGUGAGCAGAUUACCUCCUGCCACUACCACCACCACCACCACCACCACCACCACCACCACCACCACUCUGAUCACCAUAUUUGAGCGACGCUGUGUGCUGUUGUUGUACACAUCACCACCACCACCACCACAUUGACGUUUGCUCACUACUACUACUACUACUACUACUACUACUAUUACAUCUUACACAUACAAACACAUACAGUCGCCAUAAUGUUUUCUGUUUCUUUCUGUCUUUGGUGAGAAGAAGAAGAAGAAGAAGAAGAAGAAGAAGAAGAAGAAGAAGAAGAAGAAGAAGAAGAAGAAGAAGAAGAAGAAGAAGAAGAAGAAGAGAGAGAGAGAGAGAGAGAGAGAGAGAGAGAGAGAGAGAGAGAGAGAGAGAGAGACAAAACAGAACGGAACAUAAAGUAACAUAUCAGAGCACAACAGAAAAAUAAAGAAGAAAAAAAGAGAGAGAACAGAAAGAACACAAACAAAGAAGAAACGAGAAAGACAACAACAAAAAAGAAAACGAAUAAUAAAAAAAAAGUUAACGAAUAUGUAAAGAACAACAAGAGCAACAACAACAACAACAACAACAACAACAACAAGCAAGCAAGCAAGCAAGCAAGCAACCAAAUCACCACCACUACCACACACACACCACCACCACCACCACCACCACCACCAUGGCCUCCUCGUUGUCAACAGCGGCAGAACACGUGGGAGAGAUGCUUUCCUUAAAACGACUAGGAACACUUUUCUACAUAGUUACUCCCAACUCAACCACCUUCGAGACAGUGGAGGAGGUGCCCAACUACAUCAAUGAGGCCAUCCCGUGGUUUAUCGUGUCCGUUGUGGUGGAACACUUCCUGGGGCUCCUCAUGCUGGGGAGGAAACCCGGCAGGCUGGCUGACAACCUCACCUCCGUCGGCCACGCUACCCUCUACGAGUCCUUCAAGCUGUUCACGCGCUGGUUCGAGAUGAGCGGGUACCUGUGGCUGUACGAGCACCGCUUCUUUGACAUCCCGUGGCGCUCCCCGCUGGCCUGGUGGGCGGGCUUCAUCGCUGCAGACUUCGUGUACUACUGGUUCCACAGGGCGUCCCACGAGGUGAGCGUUAUCUGGGCGUGGCAUCAGGUCCACCACUCCCAUGAGGACUACAAUGUGACAGUGGCGCUGCGACAGUCCAUGUUCCAGCGCCUUUGUGCCCUGGGCUUCUACCACCCCAUGGCCCUCCUCGGGGUGCCGCUGCCCGCCAUCUGCGUCCACUGGCACCUCAACCUCCUGGUGCAGUUUCUCAUCCAUACUGACCUGGUGGGGAAGUGCGGCCCCCUCGAGUGGAUCUUCAAUACGCCCUCCCACCACCGCGUCCACCACGGCGCCAACAAGUACUGUCUGGAUAAAAACUACGGUGGGUUCCUUAUUGUGUGGGAUCGCCUCUUUGGGACCUUCGAGGCGGAACGAGACGACGACCCUGUAGUGUACGGCCUCGUGGACCAACCCCAGGCCAGCGGUGUAUUCUACUUACAGUUCUUCUACAUCCGCGACGUGCUGGAGAAGGCACGGCAGCAGGCUACAUGGGGAGACAGCGUGAAGGCCUUGGUGUACGGGCCUGGCUGGGUUCCCGGGGCGCCGCGUCUCGGGAAUAUGGACACCUUUCCUGACGUGAAGGCCCCGCGAACCAAGUAUGACCCGCAGAUCCCUUUCUGGCUGAAGGUCUACGUGUCCACCCACUUCCUCGUGAUCCUCUUCCUGCAGCAGCUCUUCACCUUUAACCUGAAGAGAGGCUUCUACAGGUGUCAUUCCUGCCAUCCGUCUUUCUUUGUUCAUUUCCUCUUGACACACUUACUCCUCCUCGUCGCGGGCACUGCUUCAGUACAUUCACACGUGCGCGCAUCUGGCUUUGUGUGUCAAGGCUGUGUCAAGGCCAUACUGGAGAAGGAGAUGUUCCCGAUGGUGGGGGCGGCGGGCGUGUUCCUGUUCAUCCUGACGUCCAUCUGCAACAUCACCGCCAUGUUCGACGCGUGGCCGUGGGUGGGCGCGGUGGAGCUACUGCGCUGCGGCGUGUACGUAGCCUACGCCCGCAUCACGCCCGUCACCGGUCUGCCGCUCAUCGACCAGCUCCUCACUAGCAUCUUCUUCGUCUCCGCGGUGAUCUGGACCUUCAGGACCACGCUGGCGCCUCUCGGGACCGCCGCCAAGAUCCUCAAGGCGUUGUGA